AUGACAGUGUUCCGAGCCUUUUGUGAAUCGUUCGAACAGACUGCGAAACAAUACACGUCCGGCCUUGAACACAGCUUUGCGGAACAAUUUUCCAACAGCUUCCUCGACUUUUGGAAGCAGGCGCUCUCCGACCUCAAUUCCGCACCCGCCCCGACCUACAGCAGCGUCGCCGCCGGUCGCCCUGCAAGCCAGCCCCUCGGGGGCCACACUCCCACGGCCGCCGCAGCCCCGCAACAGCAACGACCACAACAACCAAUCUCCCGUCUCCAGGGACGACCAAUCCCCGCCCCACCAAAAGAAGACCUCCGUGUUUUCGUGCGGCUCGAUGCCGAAGCGCCGGCGCGAGACCACAGCAGCUACGCAAUUCGGACCCACAUCGCCGCCAAAGUCGGCAUCGACUUGCACCGGGUCCCGGCAGCUUUCAAGGUAAACUCCGGAUGGGCCAUCCGAACAACGGACGCUACCAUCAGGGACCUCAUCGUCCAGCGACAGUCGGAAUGGUCCGAGGACCUAGACGCGACCUCGGGCAAUGAAGUCAACUACGAGGCGGCCGUCAAAGACGAAAUCGCCUGCCAGACCGGGCUCACACCCAUCAGCAUCCGUCCCAGCCGGCACGAUUCAAGCGACCUUCCGACUGUGACCGACAACCGUCCUGCAAGCGUUGCGGAAGGAACGGCCAUGACGACCAACGAACAGCUAGAACGAGACUCCUCCGAGAUUCUCAAUUCCAUAGCUCCGAGCACUGCUCAGCCCGACGACCAGGAAGCCGAGCACCCAGAUGACAGGUCACGGGGCAGGAGCGAAACCUCAGUCCUAAGCUCGACCAGGACCAUGUCUCCGCCAUUCAUUAUGGUAACCACGACACCUCAGCCUCAGAGCGAGGGCAACGAAUCUAGACCAGCUUCCCUUCAAAGAAGCGACGCAUCAGCCCCAUUGCACUAUCUCCAUGACGAGACAUCCCGCGUGAACCAAAGCGACAAGAAGACCCUGCGAGUCUUCCAAGCUAACGUAGGCAAGAUCUCGCCAGCACAUGACUGCGCCCUUGCCCUCGCCGACUCUGAACGAUACGACAUAGUGCUCCUCCAGGAGCCGUGGACGGAAGCCAAGGACGGCCGAUGUCUUACCAAAACCCACCCAGCCUACGAUACCUUCUCCCCAGUCGACAGCUGGGACGACAACAGCACCCGACCUCGAGUAAUGACCUAUGUCCGGCGGAGUCCCUGCCUGAUGACAGAUCAGAGGAGGCCUGUGGCGACCCGCGACAUUCUCUGGCUCACCAUCAACAACAUAACAGUAGUAAACUUCUAUCGACAACCGCACUACGAUGAAGCACUGGAGAUGCUCCUCCAGUGGACCACACCAGGAAGCUUGCUCAACCCUGCCGAUGUGCCAACGAACCCACAUGGCAACACAAUAGACCUCGCCUUCUCCAACAUACCACUAUCCGAAGCUGUCGUGGAGGAACACCUGGCCACCAGCUCUGACCACUUCACGCUCAGCGUGACACUCGCUGACCUGGCUCCGGCCUCGGUGCCGCUAGGAAAGGUCCGCCUCACCUCUGACGACGAGCUCGCUCGUUUCGCCGAAAUGGUCGAUUCCGGAGCAACAGCUAUCCCGGCCGCGGCCUCGUCUCCCAAGACCAAGGCCGCCGGUCGCCCUGUCCGCAAAGGGGCGCAGCGCGCCCUGGUGGACAGAAGAAUGCGCCUCGCCGCGGCGGAAUACCGCGCGAUUAGGAGAGUCUACCCUCUCGGCUUCAAUCGGGAAGUCCAGCUUGCAAAGAGAGACUUCCAGAAAGUCGUGCGGCGAGCCAAAAGACAUUACUGGCGCAAUCUGAUCGACAGCUUCACUGACAGCGCCUCCAUAUUCAAAGCGGUCCGAUGGCUGAGAUCACCGGGCGCUUUCCAGCCUCCGCCCCUACAAGCGUCACUUGAGGAAGUGCGCGACGCAACCCUACGGACAGGAAACACGUCUCCCGGCCCCGACAGCAUCACGGUACAAAUGCUCAAGGCGAGAUCUGCCGUUGACCUUGUUGCCGCUCUGCUGCAUGACAUUGAAGAGGCGUUUGCCCGCGGACAAGUUGCCACGCUGAUCCUUCGCCUCCGGAAGCCGAAGGGGCGCUUCGGCUACGCAGACGACACGGGCAUCUGGCUCGACAGCACCCUGUCGUUCAAGACACACGUGGAAAAGUGGACAGCCAAGGCACAGGUCGUGGCCUAUCACUUGAAAAGUCUGGCAAACACCAAACAUGGUCCUCUUCCGGUGCCGUUCGCAGAGCCGUAA